AUGGCAUCAGAGCGAGUUUCUAGAUGGGUGUUGAUAUUGCUGGCGACAUCUGCCUGCCCCGACUUGAGCGCUGCUCUCGCCGCGCGAGGCAGUGUAGACCGAUACUCAAACUUCAACGUCGCUGCGCCCACAGGCACAGGCACCAGCUCGGACAAAUGGCAUAACCUUCGGACUUCGCAUCGGCCCACCGACGCACCAAAGCAAGAGCUGGGCGCAUGGCAAGACUUGCGCCGUGAGGUCGGUGCCGCCACGUGCGGCUUCUUCCCGGAGUCCGGGGAUCCCUACGACUGCGGUCCUUCGCGUAUAUGCACCAACAGCGGCAAUUAUCGACGGUGCUGUUCCGGCCGCGAAUGCUCACAAGCCCUUCCCACGGCAUGCGUCGGAUUACGCGGCGGCGACUGCCCCGAGGGCGGAACGAUAUGUUGCCAAUCGCCCUUGUAUUGCGCCACCUUUUUAUGGCAGACCAGCGCGAGUCCAAACAAGAUCUUCACCAUCCUCGACUGUGACCAGAUCAACUACCCCGAGCCUAUCUCUAUCCUCGCCGAGCCCCGGAACGCCGCACCACCAGCCGCAGCUCCGACGACUCCGCCUGCUGCAGUUCCGAACACAACUCCGGCCCCCGCGGCCCCUUCCACCCGUCCGACAACCCUUCAGGUGGCAGAUCCGCCCAAACAGCAGACCGAGCCUCAAGUGGCAGCGGCACCAAGCACCUCGCUCCAGAACCAGGCUGACUCCGUCGAUACGACCACCCCUAACUCGCCCACUAACCCCAAGACUGGCACCCAACCGGACGAGUCCAAAUCUACAGCGCCCAGUUCCCCGAGCAUUAACUCGGCUUCUUCCUCUUCUUCUUCCACCAUAGUCCCCGCAAGACAGAGCUCUAGUAGUAGCAGUGGCGGCAACUACGACAACAGCAACAACACAACCGGCAGUGGUAAUAACAACAGCGGUAACAGCAACACCAACGGUGGCACAUCCCCCGCCACAGACCAAAACCAAAGCACGCCCAACAGCAGCAAUACCAACAGCAGCAGCAGCACGACCUCGACCAGCGCAAUAGCCGGCGGCGUGGUAGGCGGCCUGGCAGUGAUCGGGUUUAUCGUAGUAGCCCUCUACUGGUUACGCAUGCGCAGAGUACGAGCAGCAGCAGCAGCCGGUAGAGGUGGACUUCGGUCGUACGAGCUCGCCGGGGACUACUCAUCAUCAGGAUCCCCCGCAGGGCGGUGGGCGAGCCCGAGCUCGAGUCCGUCGCAGCUCUCUUCGGGAUCGCCCGAGAUGGUCAAGGCUGGAUAUGCUGUUGAGAUGCCGAUUGUGCCGUUACGGGCGGAGCUGGGGUUGGAUAAUAAUAAGGCCGAGUUGCCGGGGUCGGAUGGGUACAGGGAGUAG